AUGAAUCUAACCUUUCAUAAUUCUAAGCAUAAUGCCAACAAUGAUGACAAAAAGUACUGUUGUAGUUAUCAUAGUUAUAAUGGUGGAAAGAGGAUCUCCGUAAGUAAACAAGAAGUUUCUUGCACAUCCCACAAUACAGGUUCUACUUCAUUCUUCCAACACACCGUUAAUUCUGGUAGUAGAGUGAGGCUUGCUGCUAUUAAGUAUUAUGGCAUUAGAACUCCCAGGAAGAGAAUAAAUAUUGAUAGCCUUAAAUUGCCUACUAAAGAGUCGGCGAAAGUUACAGUUUAUACAUUUUACUCGUUGGAGAGAAAUCCGGUGCUGAUAUAUGUUGACUUCAAAGGAGGCAUAGCUACUACAGGAUGGUACCGAAAGGGUGACUCCUCUGCUGGUGACAAUGAAGAGUGGACAGAAGUAAAGGAUCUCAAAGAUAAAGCACCUGAUAAGUUAACUAAUCCUACAGGCUGCAAUAGUGAAGGCUUUAAAGAACUUGCGGAUAAACUAAAAGAUCUUGGAUGUAAAGGCUUGGAACAAUGUACUGCUGUUCGAACUCUUGAUCCAGAACAUCUCGGACAAAACGGAGUUCAACGUGAGGAAGUCCCAGCAGCUGACUUAUCUGACCAGGUUCCUGAUACAGAGUCUGAGACAAAGAUUCUCCUACAAGGUACUCCAGUGGCUCAAAUGGCUGAAGAUGCUAUAGAUAGCGAAGACAAGGAAGAGGAAGAAGAUGGUCCUGAAGCUCUUCCUCAAGUUGGAGGACAAGAUCCUGGUACUGUUGGGGGUACUAGUGAUCUUGAAGCUCUUGCUCUUCAAAUUAAAGAUGCCUUAGGCCUUUCUGAUUUAGAUACAAUUUUUGCAGUCAUCUGUGGAGGUCUCACUAAAGUUGGUUUGACAUCUGCUACGACCUAUCUUGCAGUAUGGAAACUCUAUAAGUUUUGUAAGAGCCUAAGAAAAGACCCUUGGGUUAGACAGAUUUAG